UGAUAUCUGUUAUUGGAAGAAAAUUCUUCACACGACUAUGAAUACUUAAUUAUUUUAUAAAAAUAAUCUUCUGUAUACAAUGGCCAUUUAAGUUGGGUUAAUCUCUAUUAAUCCAUAAUAAACCGUAAUCCACAAUAAAUCUAUUUGCUGUCGUCAUUUAACAACAAGUUUGGUCGGAGAUGUGUCAAAUUAAUUUUAUAGGAAAUAUUACUAAAAGUUAGAGAUGUCUAAACUGGUAAAUAGAAUAUUGAAUAGCGACAAAGAGGUUGCGGCUGUCAAGUACAAUAUAAAAGAACAACGAUGUCUAAAGAAGAAUCUAGUGACCUUGGAUGCCGAAGCACAAUAUUCUGUAAAACUAAUCGACAUGGAAAACAGAGGGAUGAAGGUUUUCUACAGACGAUUUAGAGACAAAGUGUCCAAAAUCAAAACUCAUUUGAAAGUGAACGAGGUCACAAGACUUAAAGAUCUCGAGGCAACCGGCCGACUAAGUCCUCCUCAGAACACAGUAAAUACAACUUCUAUGUUACGUAUAGCAGACGCAGAAAAACGUUUGAAAUUACAAGGUCGAGAACAUCUUCGGAAAACUAAAAGUGCUUUUACAAGCAGGAGUGUGGACGCUAUUCAGGAAAGUAAGAGCAAUUCUGUUAUGUCAGGAACUUUUGAUAGCCAUUUCAAUGAAAGCGAUUCUGUUCUUCGACCUUUAACAUCUCAUCGACCUUCAACAUCUGCAUUGGAUAGUAAAUUAAACGGUUCCCGUGAAAGCAUAUCUAAAAAGCGUCAGAGUAUUGAAUCCUUAGAUAGACCACAGUUUUACAAAUCUAAAACAUGUGAUGCAAUUAUACAAGAGUCUGAUUUCGUAGAAAAAGUUGAGAGCAAGGAAAUUCUAACUUCCCCGCCCGAACAAACUACAGAAAAAUAUGAACCAUCGAAAUGUUCGGGAAUAUGUAUUGUUUAUGGAGAAACGCCUACCGAAACUUACAAACCUGUAGACAAGGAACCAGAAAAAGAAGACACCCCGAACAAAAAAAUGAGCUUGACUUUUAAUUUCAUAGAAACAGGAAAUGUUAAUUCGCCACGUAUUAUGAACAAAACAAGUAGUGUUGAGAAUGAAAUGCCAAAGAAAGAAGAGGAUACCGUUAGUCAAAGUCCACGUCGAUGUAGCGUCGUAAACAAUACCCCCCUUACCGUGAAUCCUAUAGAGGACAUGCUGGAUGUAACCAAUGGAACAAAACAUGAAAUACACGAUACUAAUGAUAACAAAGAACAGAAAAGUGAUGCAGUAAAUCCUGAUUCAAAUAAUAAUGCAACUCCAAGGAAAACUUCACAACACAAUCCUGAUUCAAAUAAUAAUGCAACUCCAAGGAAAACUUCACAACACAAGACGACUAAUCAGUUUUCCAGAAUAUGUCGUCACCAGAAGCACCAAGGCGAAGCACGAGGUAAAGAUGACACAACCAAGCUUAGGAAAACGGAACAAAAACCCAAACCACAGGAAAACAAACAGGACAGUGAUAUUAAAAAUAAUAGUCAAAAGGACAAAACUUUACAUACAAAUACCGGUCGUGAUUCGCCCUUAUCUAUAAAAAGUUACAAUAAAGUUGCCGUCCCUCGAACUCGAAACGGCCAAUCGAAAAGUGCACGAUCCAAUUUCGAGAGGCAGUCAAGAAAAAAGUCGUGUAAUAGUAGCCCGGAACGACGAAGUUUCUCCGCUACGGGAAAAUCUGCGAAUUUCGCCCAAAUGACCAAACAGUACUCAUGCCAUAGCAGUAUUGAUAAAGAGGCAAUGAAAAUCCAGGAAUCCAGGGUGUCUUUCAGCAUCUCUGAUGGUUUGUUUAGUUUGGGUGAUGACCCGUACGAAGAGCGCAGACAACUUCUUCUGAUGGACGAACACAACAGAUUUGUAAUUUUGUUACAUAAGAAGGAAGACUAUCUGGAAAGAAUAGAAGAGUAUAUCAAGAAACAGUUGGAGGAGUCCCUAUACGGAUGUCCUGAUGGGGCUGUUGGCGGGAAGAAGAAGACUAAAUCACCAAAGGAUAUCUGGGACGAAAUAAAACAUUGUCGGUAUCUUAGAACCGAUGACGACGAGGAUAUUGAUUUGUCGCAGGUUGUGACUCUCGCUUCGGAACAAAUUAAAAGUAAACAAGGACUUAAGUACAAACCACUGUUUGGUAGACAAAAGAGCAAGAAAACAGUUACAGUGGAAACAAAAAAGACAGAGGACAAUAAAAGUAAAGAUCCGGUUAACUCGGAUUCUCUAAGUUAGAGAUGAUGUUACUUUACAUUAUUAUAGUACUAUUUUUUUCAUGUUAGCUCUUUAAAAUAAAUCUGUUAAUAAUAAUA